AUGGGGCCGCCGGCGCCGGGCCAUGUUCUUCUUCAGGUCCAAGUUGCAGGUGUGCGAAUAAAGGAAAUCUUAUGCAGCUUUCUGGAUCAGAGCCACUACGAUACUUGCUCAUACAAUGAAACAAAGCCGCUGCCUUUUUGGCUCGUUAGAUUCUUCAUCAAUUCCAUGAAUUCCGCCAGUGAGCAAGAGCUGAGCCAAAUCCGGCACGAGCCUGCAGAAGCUAUGCUCUCUCAGGCCGUGUCGCUCUCGUCGCAACCAAGCCUUCCUUCCCUGCCAUCGUUAGGUCCCCGCGACCUAAACGUCAGCCCUUGCCACCACCAGUGCGUCGACACCCUCAGAGACCACUCCUCCUACGUCUCGGCUCUCGCCGUCGACGGCCACUCGCUGUACAGGGCCUCGUCGGACGGCCGCAUCAGGGUGUGGCCAUUGGGCGACGCGAGCGGAAGGCAGGAACAGCAACGGGAUGACGACGACGGGUGCAGGGCUACGAUGGUCGUUGCCGCGUGCGACAGCUCCGUGAAGUGUCUUCUCGCCACGGGCAGCAACGGUCUCCUCCUCAGCUCCCACCAAGACGGCAAGAUCAUGGCGUGGCGGACCGGAAGCAGGAAGGACGGGACCCCGAGCCUCGUCCGGCGGCACCGGUGGCGCACCUGGGUGCACCACGUGGACGCGGUCACCGCGCUCGCGGUUUCCCCGGACGGCGCGCUCCUGUACUCGGCGUCGUGGGACCGGAGCCUCAAGAUGUGGCGGCUUCCGGGGUUCCGGUGCGUGGAGUCCAUCGCGCCCGCGCACGACGACGCCAUCAACGCGCUGGCGGUGUCGCCCGACGGGCACGUGUACACGGGCUCCGCCGACAAGAAGAUCAAGGCGUGGAGGCGCCACCCGGAGCGGAGGAACAAGCACGUGCUCGUGCAGACGAUGGAGCGUCACAGGUCGGCGGUGAACGCGCUCGCUCUAGGAGCCGACGGGAAGGUGUUCUACUCCGGCGCGUGCGACCGGUCAGCGGUGGUGUGGGAGCGGGGCGACGGCGGCGCCGGGCGCAUGGAUGCCACUGGCACGCUCAGAGGGCACGCGAAGGCGAUCCUGUGCCUGGCGGCGGCCGGGGACGUGGCGUGCAGCGGCUCCGCGGACAGGACGGUGAGUGUGUGGAGGAGGGGAGCGGAGAAUACAGGGUACACUUGCCUGGCCGUCCUGGAAGGCCACGGCGCGCCUGUGAAGAGCCUAACUUUGGUGUACGGACGUGACAGCGGCUUGUUCAGCGGUUGGGGCGACCCAGAGGAGGGAUCGUCCGGUGGUGGUGGCGGCGGCGGCGGACAUUGUGCUAUUGUUUGCAGUGGCGCGUUGGACGGCGAAGUGAAGAUUUGGCGCGUAUUGUUUCCAGUUCUCUUGUAG